AUGGCGAUGAAUAUCUUUCGCCUCUGUGGCGACAUGUCGCACCAGUUCGCCAUUGUGCUCUUGAUCGUCCAGCUUUUGAAGGCCAAGAAUGCUAGAGGAAUUUCCGUCAAGACGCAAGAACUGCGCCUCUUGGUGUUUCUUACACGAUAUUUGGAUCUCUUCACAACCUUUUAUUCUCUCUACAACAGCUGUAUGAAGUUUGCGUAUAUUGCGGAAACAGUCGCCAUCAUCUACAUGAUCAAGUUCUGGGAACCCAUCCAGAGUUUCUAUAACGCGGAUCAAGAUUCCUUUCCGCAUUGGAAAUAUGCCGUUUUGCCUUGCAGUCUAGUUGCCCUUGCCACUCAUUUGAUUGGAGGUGGCACAAGAAACUUUGAUCUCAUGGAAUUGCUCUGGACAUUCUCCAUCUACCUAGAGAGCAUUGCCAUUUUACCACAACUAUUGGUCCUGCAAAAGUACGGAUUGGUCGAAAACCUGACGGGCAACUUUGUCUUUUUCUUGGGAUUCUAUCGGUUCAUGUACGUUAUCAACUGGAUCUACAGGGCCCACACGGAAAGGGGGUACCAGCAUCAUUAUGUCGUCUACACGUGUGGGAUUGUCCAAACCUUGCUGUAUGCCGACUUUUUCUAUCAGUACUGUCGGGCACGUUGUCGACCUGGCCGGGCAACCGGUGGUGACGAUAAUGAUGACGAAGAAAAGGCAGGAAACCUCGUCUUUGAGUUUGUGGGAACCCGCAAUCAUGGUGGCGGUGGUGGUGCUGUGGGAUACACCGCCGGCACGGAAAGUCUCUUGACGGAACACAGUGACCCUUCUUUGGUAGUACCAUCCCCUGCAAACAACGAAGACAUGUCGUCCAGCGAAGAAAACGACGGCUCGGUUCGACAACGAUAG